AUGAUUCAACCGCUGCGGUUAGCCCGCCACCAGGAGCGCGCACUCGUCACUCUGAAUAGAUGCGCUCGCACAGCACAGGCGCGGACACAAAUAUCCUUUCGAUCUUUAACAUCAGCGUCGUUCCCACUUCCGACAACGUCAAAAUUCCCCGAGCCAACCUGCGAAUGCGCUCCCACUCCCUCGAUGCCGGAAGGACUGCCGAUCGAUCAUCAGCGACCGCUGAACGCCACUAUGGCUCCAUAUACACAACAGAUCUUGGUAUCAACGGGGAAAUCCGACUGGACGAGUCGUAUCGAAGAUGAUGGCGAGGGGGAAAGCUGGGGGGGUUUGAUUCGAGGAAUAAAAGGCCUGUUUGGGCGAGGGGGGAAAUAUGCUGAUCCUUAUAAUAAUCUGGUUGUGACCACGUCUUCGCUUACACCUUCGCCGUCCACGUCGCCGGAAUUCGCAUCUGCUUUUCUUUUCCCUGCUUUUAAAUAUGUACCCAAGAUCCCGAUUGCAACAACUUCGGCCUCCGAGACAACGAGCCUCGAGACGUUUGCACGCGCUUUAUUGCUUCCUCGUGAACUCCAUCCCGCUCAUCCCGACUUGCCAGAAUCUAAAAAGAGCGCAAUGAUACGAUCACCGGAGCUCGCGUCGCAUUUCCCGGAAAUACUCGAUAUCAAACAAUCACCGACAAUAUUGAUCUGUGGGCAUGGAGGGCGAGAUAUGCGUUGUGGAAUAAUGCAGCCCGUUUUACAGGCCGAGUUUGAGCGCGUCCUACGGAGGAAAGGCUUUACUACGACUGGAGACGAAAACAACAACUUCAUAGUGGAUGGAACGAGCCAUGCGAAUAUUGCUGCCAUCAGUCACAUCGGCGGACACAAAUAUGCGGGCAAUGUGAUUAUCUAUAUCCCGCCUGGGCUUACAGCCACUUCAUCUAGCCUCUCCGAAAAGGCACCUGCUAGUCCAUUGGCCGGUAAAGGAAUAUGGUACGGCCGUGUCGAGCCCAAGCAUGUAGAAGGUAUUGUAGAAGAGACCAUCUUCAAGGGAAAUGUGGUUGAAGAUCAUUUCCGCGGGGGCAUUGGGAUGGAUGACUCUACUCUGUUGGACGCCGUGACGAUGAUACGACAGCGACCGCUUUUCCGCGACGACUUUCGAGUCUACUCGCUAGUCCACCGCACGACUCUGCAAGCCCGACUCGUGCCCUCAUACAGUUUUCGCAUCACUCCUACGAACGAAACAGCCACGAGACUCGCAUCCACCGUACAUACACACCAAGACCUAGACCUCCGAGCCAUUGAUCGGAAAUGGCAGGCGAAAUGGAAGCAAGCCGAGUCACAAAAAGCGCAGGAAAGCGCAGGAAUAGGAUCGAGGGACAAAAACAACAACAACCACAACCACAACAAUAACAAUCGCCCCAAAUCGUAUAUUCUUUCCAUGUUCCCGUACCCGUCAGGCACAUUGCACAUGGGCCAUUUGCGAGUAUAUACUAUAUCUGAUGUGCUGGCUCGGUUCUAUCGGAUGCGAGGACAUGAUGUUUUGCAUCCUAUCGGAUGGGAUGCCUUUGGGCUGCCUGCAGAAAACGCGGCCAUUGAGCGGGGGAUAGAACCGGCAGAAUGGACGGUGGCGAAUAUACAGCGGAUGAAAACGCAGUUGAAAAGCAUUGGGGUUGGGUUUGACUGGGAUCGAGAAUUGAUGACAUGCUCGCCGGAGUUUUACAAGCAUACGCAACGAAUAUUCUUGAUGCUUCAUGAAAAGGGUCUGGCGUAUCAGGAAGAGGCAUUGGUCAAUUAUGAUCCUGUAGACAAGACCGUACUGGCUAAUGAACAGGUCGACGCCAAUGGCUUUUCCUGGAGGUCAGGUGCCAAGGUGGAGCAGCUCAAUUUGAAGCAAUGGUUCUUCCGCAUCACUGCAUUCAAGGAGUCUUUACUCCAAGAUCUCGACUCGCUAUCAGGGGGCUGGCCAGAACGAGUCUUGUCCAUGCAAAAGCACUGGCUGGGAAAGUCUCCCGGCGCAAAAGUCAAAUUUGCAGUUACAGCUGGCGAGAAGCAGCAAGACGUUGAGGUUUUUACGACACGACCUGACACCCUCUAUGGAGUCGAGUACAUUGCACUAUCCCUGGACCAUCCUCUUGUCGAGGAGUCCGCCAAGUCGGAUCCCAAGCUUAGGAUGUUUUUGGACGAAGCUGUGAAUCUUCCGCCAGAUUCCAAGGAAGGAUAUCGCUUGAAUGGUGCCCAUGCUUCGCACCCAUUACAUACCAUAGACAAGGAAAGUGCUCAUAUUUCCAGAGACCUGCCCGUCUUUGUUGCUCCCUACGUGCUAAGUGGAUACGGCGAAGGCGCCGUUAUGGGCGUUCCGGGCCAUGACACGCGGGAUUUGGCUUUCUUCAAAAAGAAUUUGCAACCCGAAUUCAUAUCAAUGGUUAUUCAGCCUGAUGCCGGCAGUCAGGAUGAGGCUUUGAGUGCUGUCCCGGCACAUGAUUCAAAAGCAUAUACACAGGAGGGUUAUUUGACAGCAAAAUGCUGGAAAUACCAAGGACUCCACUCCAAAGAAGCUGCAAGACAAAUGGUCAUGGAUCUUCAGCAAAUCGGGCGCGGAGAAGCGACAGAGACGUGGCGACUUCGAGAUUGGCUAAUCAGCCGACAACGUUACUGGGGCACUCCGAUCCCUAUAAUCCAUUGCGCAAGCUGUGGUCCUGUUCCUGUCCCUGUGGACCAACUCCCCGUCGAAUUACCCAAGAUUGAUAGCGAGUGGUUCAAGAGUCAAAAGGGAAACUAUCUCGAGUCUGCACACGAAUGGAUAAAUACUGAGUGUCCUAGUUGUGGCGGGCCUGCAAAACGCGACACCGACACCAUGGACACGUUUGUCGAUUCGUCGUGGUACUAUCUUCGUUACCUGGAUUCGAAGAAUGAGAAUGCCCCAUUCUCUCCAUCCGUGGCUCGACCGGUGGAUAUCUACGUUGGGGGCGUUGAACAUGCUAUUCUCCACCUCCUUUAUGCUAGAUUCAUCUACAAAUUCCUUGCUCAAUCCGAACUUUUCCCAGAACUCGCCCACUCCGAGCCUGGCUCUACUUCGCCUGCGGAACCGUUUCGAACUUUGCUGUCGCAAGGUAUGGUUCACGGGAAAACUUAUUCAGAUCCGUCAACCGGCCGUUUUCUUCUUCAGUCCGAGGUCGAUCUCUCAAACAAGGAUAGACCGCUCAUCAAGGGUACUCAGAUCAGCCCUAAUGUCUCGUUUGAGAAAAUGUCCAAGAGCAAGCACAACGGUGUCGACCCGACGACUUGCGUCGAAAAGUACGGCGCCGAUACAACGCGCGCGCACGUUCUCUUCUCGGCGCCAGCGGGGGAAGUUUUGGAGUGGGACGAGGCGAAAAUAGUGGGCAUUGAGAGAUGGUUUGCGCGGUUGUGGAAGCUUGUUCACGACACGACGGCGACGCUUUCCGAAAGCAAUAUAAAACUAUCAAUGGACGCUGUCAUGCAACAACCACAUGCCCUUGAACUGCCAGUUCUACUAAACCUUUCCGACGCCGACGUCGAUGCUUUGCUGGCUACUCAUCAAACAAUUUCUUCCGUGUCAGACUGCAUGCAGAAUAAUCCUUAUGGCUUGAACACGGUGAUUUCCGACUUGACCAAAUUAACAAACACCCUUGCGUCGUCGUCGACACCGACGACGCCGGCCAUUUCGUACAUUUGCGUCUCCUCUCUCCUUCGUUUGCUUUGUCCCGUUGCUCCGGCAUUCACCGCCGAAGCGUGGGAAAUUCUUAACAAUUCGCUUUCAUUCUCAUCUCAGACCGAAGGCAACCAGGCCAUCGCCAACGCACCCUGGCCAACACCGCUGCUCACCGAGCCCGAGGCAAACGCACUCGCGUCACGCGGCGGGCAAACAGUCGCAGUGCAAAUCAAUGGCAAGCGGCGUUUCAGCGUGACGAUUCCUCGGCUGAUGUCGUCGGCUACCUCGGCGACAGACGACCAGGACUGGAUCGUCGACCGGGUUCUGGAGACGGGAGAAGGGAAGACGUGGUUGCGCGAGAAGAACGACUGGGAAAAGCGGAAGAGGGUUAUUGUGGUCAAGGGGGGGAAAUUGGUGAAUGUUGUUUUUUGA